AUGCGCACACGCAAGCCGAAACACGUUUGUUUAAAUUUCAUUCUCCGUUAUCUAUCUAUCCAUCCAUCCAUCCAUCCAUCCAUCCAUCCAUCUAUCUAUCCAUCCAUCUAUCUUAUUCUGUUCGGUAUCUAUCCAUCUAUCUAUCUAAACUAUCUAUCUAUCUAUCCAUCCAUCCAUCUAUCUAUCUAUCUAUCUAUCUAUCUAUCUAAUUCUGUUCGGUAUCUAUCGCAUACCAUUAUCUAUCUAUCCAUCUAUCAUCCAUCCAUCUAUCUAUCCAUCCUAUCCAUCUAUCUCAUUCUGUUCGGUAUCCAUCCAUCUAUCUAUCUAUCCAUCAUCCAUAUCCAUCCAUCCAUCCAUCCAUCUAUCCAUCUCAUCUCAUUCUGUUCGGUAUCUAUCUAUCUAUCUAUCAUCCAUCUAUCUAUCCAUCCAUCUAUCUAUCUAUCUUAUUCUGUUCGGUAUCUAUCCAUCCAUCUAUUCAUCCAUCUAUUCAUCUAUCUUAUUCGUUCAUCCAUCUAUCUAUCAUCUAUCCAUCUCAUCCAUCAUCUAUCUCAUUCUUGUUCGGUAUCCAUCUAUCUAUCUAUCUAUCUAUCUAUCUAUCUAUCUAUCUAUCUCAUUCUGUUCGGCAUCUAUUGCAUACCGUUAUCUAUCUAUCUAUCUAUCUAUCUAUCUAUCUAUCUAUCUAUCUAUCUAUCUAUCUAUCUACAUUAUUCCCCUUCGCCAUUAUUUCCUUCUUUCGUUUCAUCACUCUCCUCUUCCUCAGCGCUUCUUCAUCACACACUGGUCCUCCUUAUGAUAUACGCAUCACUGCCUUCUUUAUUUCGAUUUCAUCGUCAUCCUCAUGAAGCAGUCUUUCUUUUCUUUCUUUCUUUCUUUCUUUCUUUCUUUUGUUUACGAACUAACCUACUCUCCUCCAUGCCCCCCCCCCACACGCCGUCCUAA